GUCAUCGCGUUGAUAAUCAACGCGGACCCUAAAUUUCCACCUGCGACCCUCUCUUCCUGCUUCGACUGCAAUUCUGCAAGACCAAGAUUGAAGCACCAAGAGACCAUGGCAAUCGGAAAGGAAAAGUUGGAGGUGGUGGAGAUAAUCAAACCUCGAACCGACAACAGAGAUUACAGAAGAGUCAUCCUUCCCAACUCUCUUCAAGUUCUCCUCAUCAGUGAUCCUGACACCGAUAAGUGUUCAGCCUCAAUGAAUGUUGGUGUUGGUUCAUUUAGUGAUCCUGAAGGUCUCGAAGGCCUCGCCCAUUUCCUUGAACACAUGCUAUUCUAUGCAAGUGAGAAGUAUCCUUUGGAGGAUAGUUAUUCUACUUACAUAUCCGAGCAUGGAGGUCGUACGAACGCCUAUACAUCUUCUGAGCACACCAACUAUUACUUUGAUGUUAAUGCUGAUUGUUUUGAAGAGGCUCUGGAUAGAUUUGCACAGUUCUUUAUCAAACCACUGAUGUCAUCUGAUGCGACUACGAGGGAAAUAAAAGCUGUCGACUCUGAGAAUCAGAAGAAUUUACUCUCUGAUGCAUGGAGAAUAAACCAGCUGCAAAAACAUCUUAGUGCAGAAGGUCAUCCAUACCACAAAUUCAGUACAGGGAACUGGGAUACACUUGAGGUAAGGCCAAAGGCAAGAGGGGUAGAUACAAGGGAUGAACUCCUCAUAUUCUACAAAGAAAAUUACUCGGCCAACCUCAUGAAUCUAGUUGUUUAUGCUAAAGAAAGCCUGGAUAAAAUUGAAAGCAGGGUACUGAGUAAAUUCAAAGAAAUAAGGAACAUUGACCGCAUUCAUCCCAGUUUCCCUGGUCAGCCAUGCACCUCUGAACAUCUUCAGAUAAUUGUGAAAACUGUCCCUAUAAAACGUGGUCACAAGCUGAGAAUUACAUGGCCAAUUACUCCUGGUAUUCAUCAUUACAUGGAAGGACCGAGCAGGUAUCUUGGUCACUUGAUUGGUCAUGAAGGAGAAGGAUCGCUUUUCUAUAUCUUGAAGAAGUUGGGUUGGGCUACAAGUUUAUCUGCUGGUGAAUCAGAUUGGACUGUUGAGUUCUCUUUCUUUAAAGUGGUUAUUGACUUGAGUGAUGCUGGUCAUGGUGGACCUAUCUGGUGUUUCUUCCUGAAAACAAUAGCAAAUGUUGAACAUAUCAUUGGGCUCCUUUUCAAAUACAUUUCGCUCUUGCAACAAUCUGGUGUUUGCAAGUGGAUCUUUGAUGAGCUUUCAGCAAUUUGCGAGAUGGUUUUUCAUUACCAGGACAAGAUUCCUCCAAUUGAUUAUGUGGUGAAAAUUGCAUCAAAUAUGCAGUUAUAUCCUCCAAAAGAUUGGCUGGUUGGGUCAUCUUUACCUUCAAUCUUUUCCCCAGGCGUUAUCCAGUCUUUUCUAAAUGAGCUCACACCAAAUAAUGUCAGAAUUUUUUGGGAGUCAACAAACUUUGAGGGGCAUACUGACCUGACAGAGCCAUGGUAUGGGACUGCUUAUUCAGUUGAAAAAAUCACUGAUUCCAUCAUUCAGGAAUGGAUGGAAAGAGCUCCUGAUGAACACCUACAUUUGCCCACUGCUAAUGUGUUUAUACCUACUGAUCUGUCGAUUAAGAAUGUCCGAAAGAAGGUGAAUCUUCCAGUUCUGUUGAGGAAGUCAGCAUAUUCGAAGUUGUGGUACAAGCCUGAUACAACAUUUUCCACCCCCAAAGCAUAUGUUAAGUUAGAUUUCUACUGCCCAUUUGGUGGCAACUCCCCUGAAGCAAACGUUCUUACUGAUGUUUCAACACGGUUGUUGAUGGAUUACUUGAAUGAAUAUGCUUACGAUGCUCAGGUUGCUGGUCUUUAUUAUGCCAUUUCUCACACAGAUAAUGGUUUUCAGGUGACUUUGACUGGAUAUAGUCAGAAAUUGAAGAUCUUACUCGAGACAGUAAUUGAGAAAAUUACAACUUUUGAAGUAAAACCUGACAGGUUCUAUGUGAUCAAGGAAUUGCUCGUAAAGCAAUAUGAAAAUUUCAAGUUUCAACAACCAUAUCAGCAGGCUAUGUAUUAUUGUUCACUACUUCUAAGAGAUCAGUCAUGGCCUUGGAGUGACGAGCUUGAAGUUCUUGCUGUUCUUGAACCUGACGUACUUUCAAGAUUUUAUCCUCAAAUUCUGUCAAGGACCUUCAUAGAGUGCUAUGCAGCAGGGAAUAUUGAAUCAAAUGAAGCCGAAUUAAUGAUCCAACAUGUUGAAAAUGCAUUUUUUAAGGGUGUCAAGCCUUUAUCUCAAGCUCUAUUCCCAUCACAGCAUCUGGCAAAUAGGAUUGUUAAGCUCGAAAGGGGCACCAACUAUUGCUAUACCAAAGGGGGUCUGAAUCCAAGUGAUGAAAAUUCUGCUCUUCUUCACUAUGUUCAGGUACAUCAGGAUGAUUUUAAGUUGAAUAUUAAACUUCAGCUUGUUGCUCUUAUCGCUAAACAACCAGCAUUCCACCAACUUAGAUCAGUGGAGCAACUUGGUUACAUCACCGUACUUAUGCAGAGGAAUGACUCUGGCAUCCGUGGAGUGCAGUUCAUCAUACAAUCUACAGUAAAGGGACCUAAACAUAUCGAGUCAAGGGUUCAGGCAUUUCUUAAGAUGUUUGAGAGUAAACUUUAUGAAAUGCCAGAUGAUGAGUUCAAGAGCAAUGUUAAUGCACUUAUUGAGAUGAAGCUUGAGAAGCACAAGAACUUAAGAGAAGAAUCUGGAUACUUUUGGCGAGAAAUCCAGGAUGGCACCCUCAAGUUUGAUAGGAAAGAAUACGAGGUUGCUGCAUUGAAGCAGCUGACCAAGGCGGAACUGAUCCAAUUCUUCGAUGAACAUAUAAAAGUAGGCGCUCCACAAAAGAAGACGCUAAGCGUGCAAGUAUAUGCGACCACACAUUCUACAGAGGACAUGGCAGACAACGGUGACUGCAACAUGGUUAAUAUCGAAGACGUUUUCGGUUUCAGGAGAUCAAGACCUCUUUACGGAUCCUUCAAAGGAGGUAUCGGUCAUAUGAAGCUCUGAGGUAUUCGUUCUCAAUUAAAGAGAUCUUCUCAUGUAAUAUGUGCACAAAAACUUCACAAAUUCAACUUAGUUUUCAUUGUCUUUUAUUUAAAUUUCCUCAUAAAUAUCUGCUAAAUACUUCUGUUAUCAUUGUAUUUGGCAACAGCAGAAAAGCUGAAACAAACAAACAUUGUUGUUGGAAAAAACAUGAAUUUUUUUGAA